CUGAAUGACGAAGUUGUGAUUUUCGGAAUCCAUUUUCCAAUCGAUGAGCACGAGAAAAUGCAUUUUUCUCAAUACUCUUGGGCGCAUGUCACAAAACGUGGGAGUGCGAAAACGAACCUUCACCUGAAUCUACACGCGACAGUUUACCGCGCGACCCUUAGCCGUGCACAUUAAAAACAAAACAAAGAAAAAAUGUCAUCGUCAGUUCGUAUCGGGAAAAGUGGCUGAUGUGAAUUUUAAGUGUUCUCUAUGACGUUUCAUCGUAAAAAUUCAAUGUUAAGAUGAGCGAGUCAGUGAAAGUGGCCGUGAGAUGCAGGCCGCUGUCUCAGAAGGAACAACAACAGGGAUGUCGGAACGUGGUGAGUAUAGACCCACUGGGAAAAACCUGUACGUUGGAUGGUACAAGCGGCGGCGGAGGCGUGGGAAAGAUUUAUCAGUUCGAUGCAGCGUUCGGUCCGUCAUCGACAACGGAAAUGUUGUACGAGGACGUGGGAUCGGUGAUAGUGGAAGCGGUGUUGGAGGGUUAUAACGGUACGGUAUUCGCGUACGGUCAAACCGGUUGUGGAAAAUCGCAUACGAUGAGGGGUUUCAUCGAGCGGACGUUGGAGCACAUAUUCGAGGCGACAUCGACGUCGAGUACGGACACGCGUUACCUCGCAUUGCUGAGUUAUCUCGAGAUAUACAACGAGAAAUUGCGAGAUUUGCUGCAGGAUGGAAGCGGCGAGAGCCUAUUACAAUUGAAGGAAGAUCCUUCGAAGGGAACUUACGUAUCGGGUGGUUUGCGAGAAAUCACGGUGAAAAACGCGGCCGAAUGUUCGAAGCUCGUCAGUCAGGGGGACGCUCGUAGAGCUGCUGCGGCGACGAAAAUGAACGCUGCGAGCUCUCGGAGUCACGCUGUUUUGACGCUCUCUCUUGAAGCUCUAGCGAUCGACGAGGACGACAAAAAUGGCGGCGCUGUACGCCGCGGACGAUUACAUCUCGUCGAUCUCGCCGGUUCUGAGAGACAAACAAGAACGGGCGCGACCGGUGAUCGCCUCAAAGAAGCCGCCAGUAUUAACCUCAGUCUUUCCGCCCUCGGUAACGUUAUCAGUGCACUCGCCGCUGGCAACGGUAGACACGUACCUUACAGAGACAGCAAAUUAACCAGAUUGCUCAGAGACAGCCUCGGCGGAAAUGCGAGAACACUCAUGAUCGCGUGUCUCAGCCCCUGUCAUCUUGACGCCGAAGAAACUCUUAGCACUCUCAGAUAUGCGGCGAGAGCGCGCUGCAUAAAGAACAAGCCGAUAGUGAACGAAGAUCCAAAGGACGCUUUACUGAGACAAUACCAAUUGGAGCUUCAACGCUUACGGAAAUUGCUCGAAACGAGUGACGGAUCACGCUUGUUGGGCGGUUAUUCGUCGCCGGUUGAUCAGGAAAUGGAUAGAAAUUUUCAGGUUGAAAAUAUCGAGGAUAUAAAUAAAAAACGAAUCGGUUACAACGGCGAGGCUGGAAAUUUACGAAAAGAAUGUCGAGAUUCGAAUUUACCGGGGGAAAUAUUGCGUGGCGAAGUCGAUUCGGUGAGAUCGCUUCAAGAAAAUAGCAAAAGUCCUUCGAGCAUGGAAAACCUCGAGGAAUCUGCUCGAUCGCACGAACACGGAGAAUCCAAAGUCGUUGCAACGAUGCGUCACGAACUGGAUGAGAGGAGAAGGAAAAAGAGGGAAGCCGCGAAAAGAGAAGUCAUGAGACGACUCGAAAAAUUAACCAUCGGCGGGGAAGCACGAGGCAACGACGAAGUGAGAAAACGACGAGAAAGGAGACGCAAACGCCUGGAAAUUCUCGCUCAAGCACUUGAAAAAAGCGCCGAGGACGGGAAUGGUGGCGCUUUCGAAGUCUAUGGACAACUCAGGUCUACCGAAGACGCCCUUAAACGAAUGGCUAAAAAGGCCAAACAACUCGAAUCCGAAGUCGCUGAUCUUCAGGCGUCAUGGGAUGCGGAACGGCGCGACCUCCUGCGCCGAGAGCUUCUAGCGACUCAGCUCUGCGACGCGAUGAUACCGCAUCUGAAAGCCGGCUGCCCGUUUCGUGACCUCGAGUCCGUACGAUCUUCGGCGACCUGGUGCGACGAGCUCGGACGUUGGAGACUUCUCGACGCCUCCUCGAGGAUUCCCAUGCCCCCUCCCCUGCCCCGAGACAUUUCGAUUCUCCCGAGCCAACAAAAAACUGAUCACAACAAUAAUGGCGGUUCGAUGAAAAACGAGGAUAAAGAUUUGGAGGAUCGUAGCAGCGAUGACGAUUACGAGGAUCGUUACUCGAUCGGCAACGACGAAUUCAACGGUGGCGCAGCUAAUCGACGCGAUAUCGCUGGCACCUAUUUUCGCAGAAAUCGAAUCGACGAACUUUUGGCUCACGCUCGAGAAGCCAAAACUUUUGAAAAAAGUGGAAGGCUGAGCAAAUCCGGUGGGUCGGAAGAUUUCCAAUCCGGUGUAAACGGUCUUCAGUUGAGCGCGCUGAAUCUGCAGAGCAGCACGCCGACGAUAAACGAAAUAAUGAGCGGUAGUACGCUGUUGAAACAUGCGAUAGGACGACAGCCGCCGAAUCGUGGAAUUGGAUCGUGGAUAACCGAUGAGAAUUCGUCAACGAGGUCGGGCUCGUACGGGAGCGUGAAAAAAGUACCGCCGAGAAUCCUCGAAGCUCUGCCCGCUUAUCCCAUCGGUACUGCAACGAGAAUGCCCUCUUGACCCGACGACAGGAGCCCCGAAUGAAGCGUAAUCGUGAGACAAUAGUUUGAAAGUCGUUUGCAGUCUGGAGAACGGUUCUGAGAGGCGAGGUAGCCUGGAAUUUGAAAAAGGUGGAAAAAAAAUUUGAAAACGAAAAACAGAGGUUUCCAGUAUUCCCGCGAACAAGAUGACGAAUAAUCUUGAUAAUAUUUUCUACGAAUCGUAUUACUGAAUAAUAUUUCAGUCCGAGAGCAUCGGAUUGUGACUUAAAAAGCGCGGAAGUAGCCGUUAAUGCAGAGAACUUUGACGGUGAGCGAAAGCGUGAAGAAUUUUCACAAAAAAGUCGUACGAUCGUGACGAAAAAAAAAGUAUUAUUUGUAAUUGACAGAGCGAAAGAACGUCCUUGAAAUAAAAAUGAAAUCGAGAUUUUUAAAUGUGCGAGGGAAAAGUGCGCGGCUCUUUUGAGUGCCCUCUGCGAAGUACACGCUCGUAAGUGAUCAUUCGGGCUGCGCGAUUGGUCGAGGGGGAUCCCGGUUGAGCAGUAAAGAGAAAGCACCUCUAAAAGCAUUUGCGCGCCGCUAUCGAGGCGCGACGUUAAAAUCUCCGCUUCGUUUUCACCAUACUCGAGAAAUGUCUCCUUGCUCAUCGCUCGUAUUUCUUCUUUUCAUCCUUUUUUCCAUCCUCUCAUUUUUUAAAUAUCUCCUCCAUUCGCCCAUAAAACAAGUCGCAAUGAGAGAAGUCGUCAAGGAGAGUGGCCGACGUACAGGUCAGCGCGAAACUCGCAAGACCCUCGUUUUUCUUUCCAUUUUUCAAUACUGUUCACACUCAAAUUCCCAAAAUCACAUUUAAUCGUCUUGCUAAAUCAUGCGGAGCCACGGACAUACAGGAAAAAUGAACGAAAAACCUUUCCACUACUUCCUCGAGACUCCAAGCCCGGAAAAGUGACUUCGCGAAAUUUCACGAGAUGUCAAAUCGAGAUGUCAAAGCUUUGUGGUUCCCCCGUGCAAAACGCGAAGUAAAAAAAACCGAGUAUUCAGCAAAAUCAACGAAAGUGAUGUCUACAAAAGAAUUAGAAAACUGGGAAUUGCUCUUCGAACCGACCGAUUCGGACGAAUGUUCAAUUUUGCAGAAUAUCAUUGCUGAAAAUAUAUUUCGUGAAAAUACACGCUAUACUAGCAGCAGAGCUCCAAUCGAAUAACAUUUCUGGCUAUAAAUGCAUGUGCAAAGCAUCCUCGAGAAACGUCUUCGAAACAACCACACAAACAUCGGUCUGAAUGGAACGAAUAUUCGUGCGGUGAUGGCGAUGUGUGUAGACGAAUGCGUACAGCGGUGAAUGACCUUCAGCGUUACGCAAAAACAUAAUGGAUGGUUUGAGCGCGCGUGUUCGUAUUGCGAAAAAUGUGUGUUACUGCCUUUUUUAGAAAAUUUUUUUCCCCGACUACCCUUUGAACGCGUGCAUGAUAUUUUUUGUUACUCUCAACCGCGGUUUGAAACUUGGAACGAGUUAAUAAAUUUGAAAAAUGCUUUUCGAAUGCGCGCGGGAUUUUUUCAUCAAACUUAGCGCCGCGAGACUAUUGCUGUGGUGAUUUCGUUGUAAAAGGAUAUUUAAAAAAAUCUUUCCAAACGUGUGUGACACAAAUUUCAUGUCGUGACAAAAUAAAGCCAGAAAUUGCGGUAGAUUCCGGAACGAAGAAUAACGAGAAUAUAUUUCUAUGAAAAAUUGACAGCAAAAUUUAUCUUCGACGUCUCCGCAGGCUGGAGAGUGUAAAAACAGUGUAAAAACAUAGUAAAUAUAUUUGUAUGUGUAAAUAAUGAUAAAUGUAGGUACGUAAAGUGUGAAUACAAUAAAAGGAGGUGUUCCAGGGAACAAACACGAAGAUAAA